AUUGAUAAAAGAAAUAAAUACUGCAUAGUAUUAAAUAAAUAAUCAAGGCUUGAUUUUCUGGUUAAUAAUAGUAUUGGAGUAAUGAAGCAGUAAUCAAAAUAAUCUAAGCAGAACUUUGCACACUGAUUGUUCAUUUACAGCAUAUCCACUCAAACACACACACACACACAAAUACACACAGUGAAACUGACUCUUGCACUCAGAGUGAAUGGUUAUUAUCUCAAGACAGGAACAGUACUUCAAUGAAAACAUAUCUCACACACCUGAUAAGGCUAUCAUCCAACCGGAGGAAAUGGAGAUGGAGUGUCUCAAGCAUUGGAUGAGGGACUGGAAAUAUCCAACUUGUCUGUUAUGCAUCUAUGGGUUCUUCAGCACAGUAAGGCCUUUAGAACCAUUUCUCAUCCCGUUCCUAACUGGACCAGACAAGAACCUAACCACUGAGCAGGUAACCAAUCAGAUAUUCCCGGUGUGGACGUACUCGUACCUGGCAGUGCUGGUUCCCGUCUUCCUUUUAACAGAGUGGCUACGUUACAAACCUGUGGUGGUCUUCCAGUGUUUAGUCCUGUUCUCCACCAUGGCGAUGUUGCUGUGGUGUAAUGGUGUACCAGAGAUGCAGGCCAUACAGUUCACGAGCGGAUUGGUGACGUCGUGCGACGUUGCUUACUUCACGUACCUCUACAGUGUGGUGGAGUUGAAGCACUACCUGAAAGCCACCUCAUUCUGCCGGACGGCCCAGCUGCUGGGCAACACUGCUGGUUCAGUGUUGGGCCAGAUCCUAGUCUCUUUUGAACUGAUGUCCUAUAACUACAUUCUAGUGUUUACACUGGUUCUCACUGCCAUUGCACUGAUCACCUCCAUUCUUCUCCCAAUGCCCAAGACAAGUAUGUUCUUCCACCAAAGGAGGAGUGGUAGUGGAGAGACUGAUGGUGAAGGGGAUGCGGGGACAGAGGAGGAACUUCAGAAUGAUGGCCAAAAAGAUGGCAUAGAGUUGAAUGGAUCCAAACAACUGCAGCCAAUACCGGAAGGUUCUGGUAAUUGUGGUAAAAAAAGUGCAAAAAAUUCCAGGUCAGGUGGCUGUGGUGAUGUUCUGCUCCGAUUGUGGUGGGACUUCCUGCAGUGUUUCUCCUCAAAUAAACUGCUUGUCUGGUCAGCGUGGUGGGCGCUAGCUACCGGUGGCUACUACCAGAUAAUAAACUACGUCCAGCUGCUGUGGGAGUACGUGGAGCCGUCUAGUAACUUCACGGUCUACAAUGGAGGAGUGGAGGCCCUCUCAAACCUGUUAGGUGCCGCGGCGGCGUAUGGCAUCAGUUUUUCAUCUGUUGACUGGUCUCGCUGGGGUGAGGUGGCUCUGGGCACGCUCUCGGCGCUGGAAGGUGGCGCACUCUUCGCAAUGGUCUUCAGCGCCAACAUCUGGGUCUGCUACUGUGGCUACAUCAUCUUUAAGAGCCUCUACAUGUUGCUCAUCACCAUCGCCAUGCAAGUCCUGUUCAAAAUACGUGACUUCUUUUAAACUCCUGCUCAGAUUAUAUUUAUUAGAAAUCAAGUUAGAUGUUAUCAUCUAACAGACAGACUUUUUGCUGAAUAUAACCUAUCCCUGCUUCAAAUUAAUUGCAUAAUUACAUGAUAAACAUUCAUGAAAGUGUACAUUACCUUAUCUGACCCCUUGCUGGUUUCAUCUUAAUUGGUGGUAAAGAUUUUGGACCUGUAAUGCUAAGUCCAAAUUCCGAGACCUGUUGUUUUAAGUUGCGUCAAUGCAAAGCAUGGCGAAGUUUAUAAAGAGUAGAUGCUAUAAAUAAAUGUGCACAUUGCAUAGGUUAAGAAAAAUAUUUUUGCUUGAAAUAGCUUAAAAUAAAAUAGCAUUGACCGAAAUCAAAUUAUUUCAUCUAGCUGCAAAGGCAACAUUUUUUCUUUUAAAACUAAAAUAUAUAUACCAAAUCUAUACAGUAUGUAUAUUAAUUCCUACUAAUAUAUAUAUAUUCCGAUUCUUUGUCAGGAAUCAUUUUCCAGGACAUUUUUAAUUUAAUUAUGGUGGCCAUAAAAGACAAGUAUCAUGCCCUAAAGUUAUUAAUUCCCUCUCUUCAGAUAUCUUUAAAAGAGAUACAGUUUGGCCAUGACUUAAAUAUAAAAUCAGCUCUUUGAUAUUAGCUCUUAAUUAUACAUUAACCAAUUUUAGUGCCACAGCAAAAAAGAACUUAGUUUUUGUAAAUUUACAUUUAACAGACACAGUUAUCCAAAGCGACUUAGUAAUGAUAAUAUUAAAGAAAACAAUAUUUUAAAACAUUAGCAUGUAUCCUCCAAAUAUUUUUGAUUGACUGAAUCAAUUCUGUUCAUAUUUUUUACAAGCAAAUGGGACGAUUGUUAUUAAUAUAAAUAUAUAUAUAUAUUAUUUUUUUUUUUCUUACUUUAAGCAAGAGACAAGAUAGAAUAAAAAUAUUAGUACAUGAACUAGAUUUAUUUGCUCUAUUACAGGCCAAACUUGCCUUUAUCUGUAGCCGUUUGAAAUAAGCGCCAAACAAAGAUCUUAGAUGAGCAUUUUUUGAUUAAAUAAACUAGAUUAAAUCAUUUCAAAACUAAAACAUAUUGGUCUGUCUUCAGCUUUGUGAAAUUAUACUACAUAAAACAUCCGCACAAAACAAAAACAGCAGAUAAGCUGAAUGUAAAUGCAAGUUCACUCUCUGACAGCAGGUGGCACUUCUGGAAACAAAACAGCGCUGCACUUAUUGUAAACACUACUUUAAUCAGUGUUUCCAGACUUGGUGAUUUAAAAAUAGAAUAAAAAUUGUAAUAGUGUCUUUUAUAUUAUCUAUGAUACUAAAAUUUUCUUACUUUUCAAGACAUUCCCAGGCCUGGAAAUUACAAUUAAAUCAAUUUCCUAAUAUAUAAACAUUUUCAUUAACUGCAUUACUCAACACAGGGUCCCCAGACCUAAUGAAUUUCCAUGAUUUUUCCAGUUGAUCAUCCUUCCAGAUUAAGGGGCUUAAAUAUUCAUUUAAAGAGAUUUGCACAAAACAACUUUAGCCAUUGGCAUCUUUUAGAAUGGAGCACAACUAGAAAAAUAUAUUAUAGAUCAUUUUAUUAAUUACAAUAACUUUUCCAGGCAUGGAAAUCACAAUUUCCUGACAUUUAAUAAAGCAGCAGAAAGAAAAAUACAUCUGCGUUAAUAUCAUCUCUCCAAUGAGUGAAUGAAUGCACGAGUACAUCUAUGCCCUUGUUUCACAGGUUCCAGAUAGCAGCUGGGUUGAACAUGGAGCGCUACGCCCUUGUGUUCGGAGCCAACACCUUCUGUGCGCUGCUCCUCCAGACAAUCAUCACCUCAGUGGUGGUGGAUAGCAGUGGGCUUGGGCUGGAUAUUGUCACACAGGUGAGGUUACCUGACAUCUUCCAUAUAGGUCAAAAUUAUCUUCUACAGUAAUCACCAGCACGACACACAUGCUAAAUUUGUAUUGGAUCCAGAACAUGUAUUUAGACUGUUUUUGUUACUUGUCUUCCAGUUUAUCGUCUACGGAGCAUAUUUUUCUAUUAUUGCACUCAUUUUCUUCUUGAGG